GCAUAUGACAUUAUCGCCCGUGCUGGGAUAGGGAAGAGAGACGUUUCAGACAUAGAGCCAGUAUAGCGCCCACUACUUCAAGCGAAACCAGCAUUCGCUUAAACGACAAAAAUGAGCAGUCAGUUCGACGACGAUACCCAUGACCGAAACGACUGCAAAAGUAAAUCGCCAACUGUGCUCUCCUCGUACUGCAUUGACAGCAUACUCGGGAGAAGAAGCCCAUGCAAAGUCAGACUACUGGGAACGCAAAGUUUACCAGCAAUACCCGCCAGAGCCGACCAGGAUCAGUCUUCUGACGUGUCUAGUAAAGAUAACUCUUUUGACUCGGACAUGCACCUGCCACCAAAACUGCGCCGGCUGUACGGCCCUGGGGGGAAAUACUUGGACUCCGGCAGGGGGUUUCAUGAGCAUGUGGAGAAGGGAGAGAGAGAGCGGCUACUGGACCAAGCCUGCGAGAGUCUUAAAAUCAGCCAGGCGCCACAAGUUAGCAUUAGCCGAAGCAAGUCCUACAGAGAGAAUGCAUCGUUCAGCCAGAGCGAGGAGGGCCACAGCCCAGAGCACGAGGCCCAAGAGCUUGUGGAACUUAGCACGCUCAAGUUUGAAGAGGAUGUGGUGAAAGAGGAGGCGUGCGGAGACGCUGGUCUGUCUCCGAAGGACGAAGAAAGCCUGCACAACGAUGGGGAUGUAAAAGAUGGUGAAGACAGUGUGUGUCUGUCGGCAGGCAGCGAUUCGGAGGAGGGGAUGCUUAAACGAAAGCAAAGAAGAUACAGGACUACCUUCACAAGCUAUCAGCUCGAGGAACUGGAGAGGGCCUUCCAGAAAACUCACUAUCCUGACGUGUUCACCAGAGAGGAGCUCGCGAUGCGUCUGGAUCUGACCGAAGCUCGCGUACAAGUGUGGUUCCAGAAUCGCAGAGCAAAAUGGAGGAAACGUGAGAAGGCAGGUGUUCAGACCCACCCUCCAGGUCUCCCGUUCCCUGGACCCCUCGCUGCAGCACACCCUCUGAGUCAUUACCUGGAUGGAGGCCCAUUCCCACCUCACCCCCACCCCGCGCUGGAGUCGGCCUGGACCGCCGCGGCUGCCGCGGCUGCCGCCUUCCCGGGACUGGCCCCUCCACACAACAGCUCCACCCUCCCUCCUGCUACGCCUCUCGGCCUCGGCACUUUUCUGGGUACCGCCAUGUUCCGACAUCCAGCCUUCAUCGGGCCCACUUUUGGCAGGCUCUUCUCCAGCAUGGGCCCUCUGACCAGCGCUUCCACGGCUGCCGCUCUUCUGCGCCAAGCCGCGCCCACGGCGGACGGUCCCCUGCAGCCUCCCGCAGGCCUGCCGGACCCGUCCUCGUCCUCCUCUUCCUCAUCCUCUUCCUCCUCAUCCUCCUCUUCCACGGCCGCAGACCGCCGGGCCUCCAGCAUCGCUGCCCUGCGUCUCAAAGCGAAAGAACACUCGGCCCAGCUGACCCAGCUGAACAUCCUGCCCGCCGGCGCCACGGGGAAGGAGGUGUGCUGAACCCUCUGCUCCCGAAAAAAAAAGGAAGAAAAAAAAAGAAAAGAAAAUGAAGAUUAAGAAAAUAAAAACAAAGCCCUUACUGAAAAAGCAUGACCAAAUUCACACAGCAGCAGCACGCUGAUGAGCUUUCCGAGCACUGGAGUCAUAACGUGUCGUCACAGCGACCCGAACCCCCCAAACCCCCCC